GGAUACUAUAUAGUCAAUGGAUUAGUGAACAUUACUACUAAUAAUAAUAAUACUAAUAUUACAAUAUCAGCUACUAAUCCCGAUCCUUGUAAAUUGAAUAUCAUAUCAGUUUCUCCUCUUAAUGAUGCUGGAACAGGUUCCUCUAAUGAUGUCAGCUUUUAUCAUAAAACAGUUCCUCUCAAUACUCCUCCUGUAUCAGUGGUACCAGUAAUUGAUGGACAGCAAAUAUCAUUGAAUAUCAGUAUUGAUGUCGUAACAAUUUGUAAGGGGGAGUAUCCUGAUAGUAUAGCAGUUAAUAUACUACAUACCGAUAAUGCACUAAUAAAUAAUGCCAGUAUAACACCAGAAGUUAAUGGUCAACUGAUGAUUACUGGAGUAAUAACUGUACCUAUUACUUUAAAUACAUUUAUUGUUAAUGUAUCCCUGAGUAAUAGUGGAGGAGAUUUCCUAUCUACACCUCUUUUUAAAUUUGGUUUUCUUGGACCAGUCACUAAUAUCAACUCUGCAGUGAAAAAUUGUUCUACUAUUGGUGUCUCUUGGACUGCUCCUAUGGUUGAUGAUAGAGUACCAAUACAGUAUUACAUACUAAGAACAUACGAUGCUAUUACUGGCAGUCUAGUGAAUAAUGUAUCAGUAUAUGAUACCAGUUAUCAGUUUGUGAAUAAUAACUUAUUGAUUCAUCAUUAUACAUAUGUUAUAAUUGGAGUUAAUGAAUUAGGAGAAGGAAUAUCUCAUAAUGAGACUUUCUCAUAUGAAAGAGUGCCAAGAUCAGUUUCAGGAACUGGUUCAAACUUAAAAACAUUUAAUCAGAUGACUGCUACUGUUUCAUAUAAUAUACCAGUUACAUUAGGGUGCAUUGGUGAAGCUCCUGAAAAUGCUACAAUUAUCAUAUGGUGUAAUGGAGCAGGUGUGGUAUAUCAUAGUAUUGAGCAAGUGAAAUACUUGUAUCCUGUGGAGAAUGCUCCUAAACCAAUGAAUAUAACAGGAUCAGCCUCAGUACCUAAGAACCAACAGUGCAAUAUGAGUAUUGCAUUUAGUAAUGGAGCUGGCAGUAGUGAGCCAUUUAUACUAGUAAUAAACAUUAGUCCUACUCCUUCAGUUAGCGUUACACCAUCACCUACUAUUAACACUGAUAUACCAGAACUUACUGUAUUUAUCAUCGCUGGCAUUGCUGUAAUAUUAGUACUAGUAAUAUGUAUUUUUAUCAUAUUUACUGUAGCAUUAUCAAUAAAUUCUAGUCUAUGCUAGAGUGAAGAAAAGGAGGAAGAGACAAAAUUUGCUGCUGUAGUUCAACUGCAUUUGUAAUGAAUUGACUUCUCUCUCUCUCUCUCUCUUAGUUUUGAUAAUAAUUGUUUGCUGGACCAUAAAAGGACAGCCAUGUUAUAA